UGUCAGUCAUUUGUGGGAGCGUGUUUUCUUGCUGCAGCUGUCAGAUUGGGAGCCGCCUUCAACCAAACAGCAAACACAAGAGCUUAGAGAAAAAAAAGACAGAGGAAUGCCGGUCGUCUGUGUAGUGCCGUGCUUCUAGGACAGAGGUAUGAUCACGCUAACGGUCAGCUGGCAAUGAUGAUGAGGGAAUCCCGGAUACUAGCAGUCUAUACCAGAUUCUGGAGCCAUCACCAGAAACCCUCCAAUUCUCAACCCAGUGUUGCCAUGGAGACUCCCAACAACUAUGUGUUCAUCCACGGGAAAAACAUCUCUCACAACACGUUGGCUGGCUCUGCUGUGGGACCCCACAUGUCCAUUGACAAGCUGUUUCCGGCUCUCCUUGAGUGCUUUGGAAUCAUUCUGUGUGGUUACAUAGCUGGACGGACUGAUAUGAUCACGGAAAGCCAGGCAAAGGGUUUGGGGAACUUUGUCUCUAAAUUUGCUCUUCCUGCUUUACUCUUUAAAAACAUGGUCGUGUUGGACUUUGGGGACGUCAUUUGGGCUUUUCUUUGGAGUGUCUUGGUUGCAAAGGUUACGGUGUUUGUACUGGUGUGUGUGCUGACACUGAUGAUGGCCAGUCCAGACAAUAGAUACAGCAAGGCUGGUCUCUACGCCAUCUUUGCUACCCAGAGUAAUGACUUUGCCUUGGGAUACCCAAUUGUCGACGCUUUGUAUCGAAGUACGUACCCAGAAUACCUGCAGUACAUCUACCUAGUCGCCCCGGUUUCCCUCAUGCUCCUCAACCCCAUUGGCUUUGCUCUCUGUGAAGUGCAAAGUUGGAGGCAGGCCAGCCAUCUGCAACACAAUAGUCUUGGCAUUCUGGGAAUUGUAGUUUUACAGGUGUUGAAGAACCCAAUAGUGUUCAUGGUGAUAGUGGGAAUCAUCUCUCAUUUUGCCCUGGGAGAACGGAUUCCCUCCGUUCUUUCUGAGUUCAUAGACGGCCUGGCCAACUCCUUCGGAGGAACAGCGUUGUUUUACCUUGGCCUCACUAUGGCAGGUCGGCCAGCUAAGAAAACUAACCAGAGACACUGGAGUUGCCCUGAUUCUCCUCAUAACAGCCAAACUCCUGGUGAUGCCGUUGGUCUGCAAAGACAUGGUGGACAUCCUGGAUGUCGGGGUGAACAGCACAAGUCCGAACCACACCAGUUUAUCCAAUUUUGCUUUUCUCUAUGGAGUCUUUCCAACUGCACCAAGCGUGGCUAUAUAUGCCGGCCACUACAACAUGGAGCUGGAGGUGGUGAGUUCUUGAGUUCUGUUUGAAACAACAAACUGCAUUACAAC